CCAGUAAAGGAGGCUACGGACGUCAUGUGUCAGACUUCAGCACGUUCAGUGCGAAUUCUGGAAGAUUUGGUGAUCUCGCUCGUCUGUCGAUCUCCGGGCCUCUUCGGAUACUCGUUUUUCCUCAGGAACUUGUUUUUCCUUUCUUAGUUGGCCGGAAAGUGCUCGGCUAAUAAGUCGUUCGAAUUCUAAAAACGCUUCGGAAAGGUGCCCGUAUGCAUCCUUUAAGCCUCCUAUGGCGAAGGUUUCUCCUGACCAACCUUUGGGAAAGGAAAUACAUUACCCAAAAUCCUUUACGGCAGAAAAUUUCAAGCAACAGAGCCACAGCGCAUAAUAACCUACCGUACAUGCUAUAUUUACCCCCCCAAAAAAGUCAUCAUUCAUCACUCUCAAAUGCAGAUAAAGACGAUGUAGCUGUUUAAAAUAUUGUAUACAUUAAAUUUUGCAGAGACUUUCAAUCCCCUAAUUUCCCUAAUAUUUUCCCAGAAAAUAUCAAAGUCCUUUUUUUUCCCCAAAAGUGAACCGAAACACACCACACACUUCCCCAUUAAUCAGAAUCAGAAUCAUCUUUAUUUGCCAAGUAUGUCCAAAACACACAAGGAAUUUGUCUCCGGUAGUUGGUCAUAAUUCUACAUUAAUGAUGUCCUGUCAGCACGAAUGCUUGCAGUCGAGAUUCCACCACAUGGUGUUGUCUUUUCAUAAUAAAUAAAUAAAGAUAAAUAACCGAACAGCUGUACCGGAAGUGACGUACGAGGCAGCCGCCACAAAAUGCGCUAGCUUACUGUUUUGUUUUGAUGGCAAGACGCGUUUCGCUGAUUCGUCGCGAAUUAGUGUCGAACGUAGUUAAGUCUCGACACAGGACGCCCAUCACUACUUUACCAGACUAAAACAUCAUUUAUUGAAUGCCCGUGUCCGGAUAAACUCGUCUCCGUUCACGUUGAAGCAUCUCGGCUUAGCUUAGCAUUGGUUAGCCGCUAAUAAAGAGACGCGUUUGUUCACACACACACACACACACACAAAUAUAUAUAUAUAAUAAAUAUGCGUGCAAGAAGUGUAGCAGACUACGAGGAGGACCUUUGUGAAGUGAAAAAGGAGAAGGAGCGACGAGCAGACGUCAAUAAAAAUUGUCAUCCAAAUCAACAGCAGCCAGAGUCCCCCCACAUUAAAGAGGAAGAGGAGGAUGAAGAGGUUCAACACGUCGAAGAGGAGGAGGAGGAAGAGUUCCUACACAUUAAAGAGGAAGAGCAGGAGCAAUUCAUUAAGAUUCCUUUGACUGGUGUCCCUUUGAAUGGUGAAGAGGAAGAUGAAGGUUCAAGUGAGGCGAGCGUAGGGGCGCAGCCUCCAAGCAGCAGUCGCAGCUCAAGUCAACACAAGGCAACAGAAGGUGAGGGAGACCACUGUGGAGGAUCACAAGCAGACAGACUCUUAGCUCCACUGUCAGAUAGUGAUGACGUGACGUCACACUCUUCAGACUACGAUGAUGAUGAACAGUCUGAAGGUGAUAUGACAUGUCACACUGACAUCAAACGAUGGAAAUGUACUCAGUGUGGGAAAACAUUUCCUUACAAGAGCAAUUUGAAACGACACAUGCGAACGCACACUGGUGAGAAACCGUUUGCCUGCUCAGUUUGUGGUAAAAGAUUUUCUGCAAAGGGAAACUUAACAAUACAUGCAAGAACACAUACUGGAGAGAAACUCUUUUCCUGCUCAUUUUGCAGUCAAAGAUUCACUCGGAAGGCAAAAUUAAAAAGACACACAAUAACACACACAGGAGAGAAAACCUUUUCCUGCUCAGUUUGUGGCCAAGGAUUCACAGUGAGGAGAAAUUUAAAAACACACACAAGAACACACACUGGUGAGAAACCUUUUACCUGCGUAAUUUGUGGUCAAAGAUUCUCUCAGAAGGUACAUUUGACAACACACACAAGAACACACACCGGUGAGAAACCUUUUGCCUGCUUAAUUUGUGGCCAAAGUUUCUCUCAGAAGGGAACCUUAAACAUUCACACAAGAACACACACCAGUGAGAAACCUUUUGCCUGCACAGUUUGUGGCCAAAGAUUCUCUCAGAAGGGAACCUUAAAAAUUCACACAAGAGCGCACACCGGUGAGAAACCUUUUGCCUGCUUAGUUUGUGGCAAAAAAUUCUCUGUAAAUGCACAUUUGACAUUACACGCAAGAACCCACACUGGUGAGAAACCCUUUUCAUGCUCAGUUUGUGGCAAAACAUUAUCUGAUAAGAGAAACUUAGUAAUUCACACAAGAACACACACUGGUGAGAAACCUUUCGCCUGCUUAGUUUGUGGCCAAAGAUUCUCUCGGAAGGGGACGUUAAAAAUUCACACAAGAACACACACUGGUGAGAAACCUUUUGCCUGCUCAGUUUGUGGCAAAAGAUUCCCUCAUAAGUAUCAGGUUAAGAAGCACAAGUGUGUUGGUGAGAAAAGCAGUGAUUAAUGAAGGUUUCGCUUCUCAUCCGAGCAGGUGUCAUCAAUUGAUGCACCAAGGAUGAUUAUAUUCUAUGUACCUUCUUAAAAUCCUCCUGUGGACAAGCGUUGCAAAUUAGCAUUCCUGCUAAAACACUUUCGGCAACACAUCGUCUUUGUUUAAUGUUUUUGUGAUGUUGCUAUCAAAUAAAUGAACAAUUGAUCAAAUAGACUCUAAGGAAACUUUGACUCUUUGGGGUAAGAUGGAAAACGUGCAUCCGUGAUCCUGAA